AUGGGAAAUCAUGGAAACAAUGGAAAUAACGGAGCACCCGGAACUGAAGGAUCAAAAGGUGACAAAGGAGACAAGGGGGAUUUGGGACCCAGAGGAGAGCGGGGCAACCAUGGACCAAAAGGAGAGAAGGGACACCCUGGCAUCCCAACAGAACUGCAGGUUGCAUUCAUGGCUUCGAUGGCAACCCACUUCAGUAAUCAGAACAGUGGAAUAAUCUUCAGCAGUGUUGAAACGAACAUUGGGAAUUUUUUUGAUGUAAUGACUGGUCGAUUCGGAGCACCAGUAAAUGGGGUGUAUUUUUUCACCUUCAAUAUGAUGAAGCAUGAAGAUGUGGAGGAAGUGUAUGUUUACUUAAUGCACAAUGGCAAUACAGUUUUCAGUCUAUAUAGCUAUGAGUCAAAAGGGAAAAUGGACACAUCGAGCAACAGUGCAGUCCUUAAACUUGCCAAGGGAGAUGAAGUUUGGCUGCGGAUGGGCAAUGGAGCACUGCAUGGAGACCAUCAACGCUUUUCCACUUUCGCGGGGUUUCUUCUUUUUGAAACAAAAUAGAUGAGACCUUAAACGUUGAGAUAUUUUUCCUUUGCUGUUCUUCCUUGUGCUGUGAAAUGGCAACAUACUAAAAUUGUGCGGCCUUGUUCUAAUCCCAUUAGUUACUAUGUAGUGUUAGGCAUGAAUGGAUAUACGUCUCUUCUGUGCCAUUUCGGUCCAUACUAUCUUUCUAUAGUCCACAUACUAGUCCUUCAGUGCAGACACUAAAAUGCAAUUCCGGGAAAUGCAAUGGUACGAUUAUUACUGCAUUUUGCUCAGUUCAGAGAUCUCCAUGAGACCACCUGCAAUGCAGACCUUCAUUCAGUUGAACGGGGAAGUCAUUGUGUGGAGAUCUCAGGAACAUACCUGCUUUGGAGCACUGCAUACACAGAACGAAUUCAGGUGCGCAUCCACAGGCAGCCUGUAUGUGGGAUAUCACAUUCUACAUGGCAAUCUAGAUCUGGGUUGCCAGAAAGCCUGGAGAAACAUGUCCUGUCCCUUUAACAGAGGCUUAAUGGUAUUUUUUUUAAAAAAACAGGUGACUUGUUUACUUCUUGGCCAUGAAAAGCUUCUGCUGCCCAUUUCUACACAUUAAAGAAGAAGAAGAGAAGAGAUUGGAUUUAUACC